AUGGCAGUGUGCCCUAUUUGUAGCUCGGAGUUUGCUGAAGACGUUCUUGAGCGCCAUGUUAACCUGUGCCUAGACAAGCAAGAGUCCCAAGGGCUGCUAAGGGAUUUGGGACAAUCUCAGCGGCGAAGCUUGAAGCGCAAGAGUCGGACCCCGUCACUUACUUCAGAGUUACUUGCAAAGAAACGACGACUGUUUCGUCAGGAAGAUGAACCUAAAGCAAAGCUAGAACCACCUGUUGAUAAAGAGGGAUCAGAGGUUAAACCUGAAGCAGAUGCGGAAUCAAAUUCAAAAGGCCUCAACGUGUCGACGCAACCACUAAGGGUUGAAAAUUCGAGGACGUUUGCUGGACUGGCAAAGCCUGUUGAACUCAGCCAUUCGCAAGUUCCGACAGAGAAGCUGGCUGAUCUGAAAUCCAUACCCUUUGCUCCUAAACGCGAAUACGCCCCCGGUACACCGUUGGCUCAUCGACUUCGGCCCACCACACUAGAUGAGUAUUUCGGGCAGGAGAAACUAUUAGGUCCCCAGGGUAUAAUACGAAAGCUCAUAGAAGCCAACCCAAUCCCAUCAUUCAUCCUUUGGGGCCCUCCAGGGGUGGGUAAAACCACAUUAGCCCGCAUUGUCGCUGAUACAUCGAACCAUAAGUUUAUCGAAUUAUCUGGGGCUGAUAGUACAACGAAGAAACUCAGAGAAGUCUUUUCCACCGUUGAAAAUGAGUAUAAACUCACUGGAAGGCGUACCAUCCUUUUCCUAGAUGAGAUACACCGAUAUAACAAAGCCGUACAAGAUACGCUUCUACCAGUGUUGGAGAAGGGCAAAUUAACUGUCAUUGGCGCGACUACCGAAAAUCCUUCGUUCACCCUUAAUAAUGCUUUGUUGUCACGAUGUCAUGUUUUCACUUUGGAGCAAAUCAAUCCCGAAAUCAUGAAGAAAAUUAUUGGUCGAGCCCUUCUUUUUGUGAACGAAGAGCGAGCUCAAAAGCAUAAACUACACCUACUUUGUCUUGAAGAUGAUGCCCUUGAAUACCUUGCUGGAGCCUCCAAAGGUGAUUCCCGCAUUGCUCUCAAUCUUUUGGAGCUGAUCAAUGCAUUCUUUAGUGGGCUGGAUUAUGAUAUUGUGGACUACAAUAUUGGGGCUAUCAAAAUAUCCUUGGAGACUUUGAAGAAAGAAGUGUUUUCGCAACGCUUGUUUCAUGUAAUGUAUGAUCGGCAGGGCGAGAACCAUUACGAUGCUAUUUCCGCUUUCCAUAAAUCUGUUCGAGGCAGCGAUCCAGAUGCCGCCAUGUUUUACUUGGUCAAAAUGCUCAGUGGUGGUGAAGAUCCAUUGUUCAUUGCUCGGCGAAUGAUUGUGAUCGCCAGUGAAGACAUCGGCCUUCGUGACUCCACAUGCUUGCCUUUCGCGGUUGCUACGAAGGACGCGUUAGAGUUCAUUGGCAUGCCUGAAGGAGAAAUAAUUCUUGCACACUGUGCCAUGAAACUUGCCUCUGCUCCGAAGCUGACUAAACUGUACCGUGCAUUACGAUCCACACAAGCCUUCUUGAAUGAAAACCCUGAACUAGCAAUGGCACCAAUUCCCAUGCAUCUUCGAAACGCGCCAACUUCACUUAUGCAAAACUUGGGGUAUGGUAAGGACUACAAGUACAAUCCCAAAUACGAAAACGGCAUUGUCAACCAAGACUAUUUGGCUCCUGAGAUAGCAGAAAAGUUUCCCAAAGUGCUAGAAGAUAUCCAUUUAGGUACUGAAAGAGACCCUGACGUUGAUGAAUCCGUGUACAUUGCCGCUGCGGAAAAGGAUGAAGAGCUUGCAGAAUUCAGGAGGUUGAAGCAGGAGGAGCAACAAACCCAGAAAUUGAGUGUGGAUGAUGACGAUGCGAGUGAACUGGAUUUUGAACAGCUGUUGUAUUUGCAGGAAGAACCACUCGACAACGAUAAUGUCGCCACCGACGUUGAUGAGUCACCAGACAUACUUGAUACCAAUGGUGAAAUUCUCAAGGAUGUUGAGGAAGAUACUCAAUUGAACUCCAGCAUGUAUUACGAUGGAGUGAACGAACUUACUGGAGAGGAUCUUCAGCUUAGAUCCUCACUUGGCGUUGACGAUGCAGAAUGA